AUGGAAGAGGAAAUCCGUUCAAUUUUACAACAAACCCACCAGCUGUGGAGCGGCGGGUGUGAGAGGAGAAGGGAGAGGGAAUUAGUGAGAUAUGCGAGUGAAGGAGAGGUGGAAGAAGAAGAAGGCAGUACUGGCUGGACAAGAAGCGGCCAGAGGACAUCGGAGAACAGAUGGCAGCGGCGAGCUUCCAUCGACUCCACUGCCGCGUCAAUCAAAACCGUGGAAAUGGACACCCGUUCUCUCCACCCUCCUUUUCCUCAAAAACAGAGUCCUCGCCGGCGCCAGAGCAACUCCCCUGCCUCUCCCCUGCAUCACCACCACUCCAUAUCAUCGCCAAAAUUACCACCGCUGGCUCAGGCAGCGGCGGGGUUUCACUCUCGUUCAGGCAGCCCGCGGUACAUGGCGGCGACGGAGUCGGCCAAGGCAAGGUCGAGAUCGCAGAGUGCCCCGAAACAGAGGAACAACUCUGUUUCAUCUCCUUCUCCGACUCUUACCUCUGACCACAGCAGGGAGCAGCAGCAGCAGCAGCCAAUCAGGCAGCCGCAUAGUGGCAGCGGCGCUACUCCCCCGACGGCGAAGAAACGAUUGUCUUUCCCCGAUCCGCCCCGAUCUGCCGCAGAUUAUGAUUACGAUGCGGAGUACCAGUUGAGGUAUCCCAGCUAUAUGGAGCAGAGAUCCAAAAUGUCAUCCUCGUCUUACACUGACAGCGUUCUAACUGCGACUGACGAGAUUAUCUCCUCCUGUGCUGAUCCUGCUUCUAAUUACGAGGUUAACAGGUGGCUGCUUAGGUGA